GAAUUUCGUUUCGUCUUGCUUCUCAUUCGAUUCCAAGAGAAGAUAUGGAUGAUAGUUGUGCAGUCUGCGCCGAACCUCUUGAAUGGGUCGCUUACGGACCAUGUGGUCAUCGCGAGGUCUGCUCGACCUGCGUCGCUCGUCUUCGAUUCAUCUGCGACGAUCGGCGUUGUUGCAUCUGCAAGACCGAAUGCAAAAUUGUUUUCGUCACGAAGGCUUUAGGAGAUUAUACGAGGAUGAUAACUGACUUCUCGGUCUUUCCAUCUGAUUCGUCCGAGGGUCAAGUUGGGGCAUACUAUUACCAUGAGGACACACAGGCUUUUUUUGAUGAUUCAGAUCAUUACAAAAUGAUCAGAGCAAUGUGUAGGCUCUCUUGCAGUGUGUGUGACAGGAUGGGGGAUGAAGGGAAUGACAGCUCCACGAGAAAGGGAAAAUUUAGAAACAUUGAGCAGUUGAAGAGCCAUUUAUAUCACCGGCACAGAUUAUUUAUGUGUAGUCUAUGUUUGGAAGGAAGGAAGAUAUUUAUUUGUGAACAAAAGCUCUAUACUAGAUCACAGUUGAAUCAACAUAUAAACACAGGAAAUUCUGAAGUGGAUGGAAGUGAAAGUGAAAGAGGUGGCUUUAUGGGUCAUCCCAUGUGUGAGUUCUGCAAACGUCCAUUCUAUGGGGAUAAUGAGCUGUAUUCACAUAUGUCUACUGAACAUUUUACCUGCCACAUAUGCCAAAGACAACACCCAGGACAGUUUGAAUACUAUAAAGACUAUGAUGACUUGGAGAUUCAUUUCCGUCGUGAGCAUUUCCUAUGCGAGGAUGAGGCCUGCCUUGUCAAAAAAUUCAUUGUUUUCCCAACAGAAUCGGAAUUGAAGAGGCAUAAUGCUAUAGAGCACGGCGGGCAAAUGUCUCGUUCCAAGCGGAAUGCUGCCCUUCAGAUUCCAACUAGCUUUCGAUAUCGAAGGAGUAAUGAACAAGAUCAUCGACGUGGAAGGGGUCGUGGGUUCCGUUCAGAGUCCUCUGAUGGUCAACUUUCAUUAGCUAUUCAAGCGAGUCUUGAGACGGCCAAUAUGGAGAACACGACCCAUGACCCUUCUUCCUCCUACACACAAGUUUCUGAUCGUGCAAAGAGUACUGAACUUGAAACAUCCCCAGACCCCUUUGAAUCCUCUUUUCCUCCUGAAACUAUGACACCUUCUGAGACUUCUUCAAGAUACCGUCAGGCACUGGGACAUAAUUCUAUAAAUGCACCUUUACAAGAAUCCUUUUUUCCUCCCCUUCCUCUGGCACAAGUUAGCAGUCAACAGAAGCCUAAGCAUGCACCUGAAGGAACGGCUAAGAACACGAUGGCUGCUCGGCUUCGUCACCGCAACAGUGGCACUGUAAAUGUUCUCAAUUCAGCUCAGGCUUGGCCGGCAGCAAGAUCAGCAACUAGUACUUCUACUCAGUUUAGGCCUCCAACUAGUUAUGGACUUGUAUCACCUAGUCCCACCAUCUCUUCACAGAGUAAGUUAGUCACAACAAAUGGUCCUGCACCAUCUAGUUAUGCAAGUUUUGGUCAGGGUAGGCCAGCAACAGUUCACGGACUUGCAUCAGCUAGCUCUGCAAGUUCAUCAUGGAAUUCAGGUGGUGGUGCUGGUGGUAGGGUCAGCCUUUCUGCAUCGGCUCCUAAUCCAGUAGUGGCGGGAUCCUUGGACUCUUCCAUGUCUAAUUUUCCUCCUGUUUCUGCAACACAAAAGCAUAACUUACAAAAAGAUAGCCUGCCUUUGCCUGAUGUUAAAGAUGUUCAUACUGCAAACAAAUCUUUGGUGGAAAGGAUGCGUGAAGCCCUUGAAUUGGAUGAGAGCAAAUUCACUGCUUUCAAAGAUUUAUCAGCAGAGUAUCGUCAAGGUGUGAUUGAUGCGGUUGAGUAUCUAGCCUAUGCUCAGCAGUUUGGGUUGUCACAUCUUGUUCCUGAGCUAGCUAGACUCUGUCCUGAUGCUCAGAAGCAGAAAGUGUUGCUUGAAACCUACAAUGCCAAUCUGUGGAAUUCUACCCAACAAAAUGGAUGGGACUGCAGUUCUGAUCACUCGAAAGACAUUAAAAGUGGGAACAAAGGUAAAGGCAAGUGCUUAGGUACUGCAAACAGUAAUUCAAUGGGAAAUUUGGUCAGGAACAAGGGUAAAGGGAAGUGUUCAGAAGGUGCAAAUACUGAGGAAACAUUAGCGGACAGGAUCAUGAACACUGUAAAGAAACUGCAAUUAGAUCAUAAGCCUCCUGAAGGAGAUGUUGAGGUACUAUCAAAAGAUGGAUAUCGUGCUUCCAGAGGAAAAUCAAAGGCAUUUGUUGAUGAUCGGGUACGGUUGACUGCCGCAGGUUCAGAUGUUGCAGAAUUGACGAAUCAAAAUGAUUCACAUUCUCCUGGUGGUGGUGGUUUGAACCAAAGCUUGGCAACUGGGGGAGGAAGUAAACAACGGAAGAAGACAUCAAAGUUCCUAAGAGUUCGUCUUGGUGAUGGCUCCGCGGCAGGUGUGUUAGAGCUUAUGGAUUCCGGGCCCAAUUCAGAACAAGUUGAAGAGACAGGUAAUGGGAAGAGUUCCUCUGGUGAAAAUUUGCCAGUUCGUGGAGUUUGGCGAAAUGGUGGAGGGCAGAGACUUAUGCGGCAGGGAGGCAAGUGAGACAGCAAAGCUAAUUGAUUGGCUGUUAGCCUUGUAGAGAAGCGCAAGCUUUUGGUAACUGAGCUGGGUUUUAUUUUAUGAAUAUAUAUAGGUGGGUCUCUUUUUUGCCUUUCCCCUACGUUGCU